AUGAAUAAUUUGGGAUUUAGUGUGGAGGGCAUUCGGCUAGCUGUAGAAUAUUUCAAAAAGCGUGGACAUGAUGACAUAAGCAUAGUUAUCCCACGACAUUGGCAGAGUCAAGGCGGAGUACUUUUCAAGGAGUAUGAACGUCGUGGCUACAUGGUUUAUACUCCCUCAAGAUGCGUAAACGGAGAAAGACAAUGCGCCUACGAUGAUCGGGUCAUACUCCAACUUGCUUCCAGGACUAGGGCAGUGGUUAUAUCAAAUGAUCAGUAUCGGGACCUCAUAGAAGAGAAUCCUGCAUUUAGAGAUGUAAUCGAAAAUCGAAUAAUCGUAUCCUAA